UGUGAGUGUGUGUGAGUGUGUGUGUGAGUGAGUGAGUGUGAGUGUGUGUGUGUGAGUGAGUGUGUGUGUGUGAGUGUGUGUGCAGUGAACCAGGUUGUUACGUCAGCGUCGCCUCAGUCGACAGGAGACUUUGGAGGCAGACAGAAGUGGACUGGCAGCUUUACGUUCCUGCUGCUGUUUAUUGUUUUUCCUCUUCAGAUCUUCAAACAUGGCUGAAAGGUGCAGAGUGACAGCGCAGGGCAGGAAGAAAUGGGUUCUUCCACAGAAAAGUGCGACUGAUGAGAAGAAACCGAGUGUUCGCUCUACGGACGCUGACAGAAGUCUGGACUUUUACAUAUUUACGGCCGGUGUCCGUCCCUCCGUCAGGUUCUAUGUCGCCCUCACAUGUGGCCGUGGGACAUCCGGGGAGCCUCCGACUGAUGUGGCUCUGGAGCUGUGCGUCAGAUUCAGGGACCGGCAAGUCCUGCGAAGAGCCUGCGUGUCUGGAUCCUGGGGGGACGUCGACAAAGCCGUCCCGUUCUUCCCCUUCAUCAGAGACCUGCCGUUCAAGAUUGAGAUUCACUGCGAACAAAGUCGGUUUCUUGUGUUUGUGGACGGCCAGCAGCUGUUUGACUUUUACCACAGAGUGACGUCGCUCAGCGAUAUCGACACGUUGUGGAUCAAAGGCAGCAUCGCCAUCACUAAACUGGCUUGAAGUGAAGGACACUGGUCUGUAUUUACUCUGGACAUUUUAGUAGCAGGUGUUCAAUAUGGAGACAAUUUAGGGUCAAUAUUGGUGAUAAAUAUGUGUUUUAUGAUCUAUAAAUGAUGUAUGAAGGUUGACAAACAUGUAAAUUAUUAGUUUGAAUUGGUUGGUAUUUGUUAGUGGACAACCAAUCAUCUUGCAGCUCAUUGAACACACAGUUUCUCUCCAUAGUUUAAAAAUGGAUAUUGAUCUUAGAAGCAGGGGCGUGUCCAG